GCAUCUCAAUCUCCGACGAUGACAUUGCCCUUCAACUCUUUGCGCGCAAAGAGGGACGUAUUAUGGAGUAGGAUAAGGCACAGCGACAAGACCCCGUGGGUUAUGGCUUGCACUUUUGCCGUCGUAUUAGCUGUCGUUCUGGGAAUACCCCUUGGUUGGAGAUUCCGAGGAAGGGAGCUGAAUAUUGAGCUUCCUUCCAGCUGGGAAGGGAGAACUCUUUCCACUGAAGUUACUCUCAUCGCCGCAGAUGCAUCGGUUGGGACGGCGACGUUCCAAUGGUAUAUAUACGGCGAUACUUGCAUCACCCAGGCUGUGAAGGCCGGCCAGGAUAUCACAGAUACCAAUUGUCCUCUUGUCAAUGUCUUUCUGGACCCGAACUCCAUGACCGGCAGCUCCGACUCUAACUCCCCCGCCUCUAACAAUCGGCCAAACCAACCGCUCUUUCAAUUCAAUGCUACCGCCUUCGAAUAUGACUACUUCUCCAGUUUUGCGAUGUUCCGGACACAAAUGUAUCUGGCGUCAAGAGAAACGACACUGGAAGCCAGUCUAGAAAACUACCCAUUCGACAAAUAUGUGGUCUCACCCUGGAUAUUUGCCUCUUUGAAUGCCACCGGAGAAACAGUUGGAAUAUUUAUUGGAUCCAUGAAUGGUAUCGCAGUUGGCUUCCAAGCGCACGUGAAGAAUAACGACUAUACAUACAGCGAUGACACAACGGAAGUCUAUAUCACUGUCAGCCGGUCGACACUCGUCAAGACCUACGCGAUCACCGUCGUUAUGACCAUGUGGCUGGUCACUCUCGUGCUGCUCGCUGUUAUGGUGAAGGGCGUUAUCAUGGGAAAGGGUCAAAAAGUUGAAAUCCUUGUUUUGCCCAUCACAACACUUUUUGCCUUCACGUCUUUGAGAACCACGAUGCCAGGUGCACCACAAUCCUUCGGUGUGAUUAUCGAUUUCGUUGGCACAUUGCCGAGUCUCGUCUUUCUGGCGCUCACCUCUUUGUUCUGUCUUAUACCGUUCCUCUUCGAUCAUGAUCCCGAGGAACCACGGGGUCAUCAUUCCAAAGACGCCGCGGAAGAGAAUCAACCCAAUGGCGGCAGGAAUAACAAUGCUCGUCCCGGCUUCAGGUCUCGACGAGGAGAUAGCGGACAAUAUAUCCCGCUCUCUUUUGACUCGUACGAAUCGACGGUCGUCAAUCAAACACCGGGGAGUAUGUCCAGAAAGAAUUCCGACUACUAUGACCCGUACAGCAGAAAGUCGUCGAGCAACAUCUACCCCCCCAAAUGGACGACCUCUCGUAACAGCCUUGAUCGCAUACUCUUGACACGUAUGGAGUCACCGGGUGAGGUUCAGACUGCCGGGGCGGAUGCGUUUUCCGACAGGCCAGUCGGGGAUCACGUAGGUACACCUCCUUCAUCUGCGCCUCUGCCGGGACCUCGAAAAGGCUCGCAGAGAGUGUUCUCGGUGGCUUCAGAGUCUGCCCCUCUUCUGACGGGACCACGAGAAUCGGUGGCGUCCUCUCAGUUUGGCCCAGUACGCAGGGACACGAGUGAUUCGAUAUUUGAAGGCGGCCAUAGAGGUUCCCAUCCACUACACGAGGCGUCCAGAGACUCUGCCACUUACGAGGGUGUUGUAGCAGUCCAAAAUGCUUCCUCUUAGUUUUUUUUCUGUCCUUGUCCACCUAGCUCGGACCGAGCUCUGUGAAAUAUUUAAAUGCUGCUUCCGCAUUCAUCC